CGUGUCCGGCUCGGGGAGGUGCCGGGGGCGGGUCCCGGCGGGUCCCGGCCACAGUCUCGGUCCCCGCCGGCCGCAGCCCGGGAUGGAGCCGCCGCUGCCGCUGCUCUCGGGGGCCUGCGUCGCCUGCACCCUCGGCAUGUUCGCCACGGGCCUGACUGACCUGCGCCAGAUGUUUUGGAUACGGAGUGUGGAGAAUAUCCAGUUCCUACCCUUCCUUACCACCGAUGUAAAUAACCUGAGCUGGCUGAGCUACGGGUGCUUGAAGCAGGACUGGACACUGAUCACCGUGAACACCAUCGGGGCGGCGCUGCAGACCCUUUACAUCCUGGUGUACUUCUACUUCAGCCACGAGAAGCGCCGGGUUCUGCUGCAGAGCAUGGCCCUGCUGGGGGUGCUGAUCCUCGGCUACUGCUACUUCAACCUCCUGAUCCCAGACGUGGACGUGCGCCUGGCACACCUGGGGCUCUUCUGCAGCGUCUUCACCAUCAGCAUGUACCUCUCGCCCCUGGCUGACCUGGCCAAGAUCAUCCGGACCAAGUCAACCCGGUGCCUGUCCUUCCCACUGACUGUGGCCACCUUCCUGGCCUCAGCCAGUUGGACGCUCUAUGGCCUACAGCUCAAUGACCUCUACAUCAUGGUCCCUAACGUCCCCGGGAUAGUCACCAGCAUCCUGCGAUUCUGGUUAUUCUGGCAGUUCCCUCCGGACCAGGACAAGUUCUACAAGCCCCUGCAGGCCUGAGGCCUGGGGCAGGAAGGAGCAUCACUGAGCCCUUGAGGUGGGGAGCCAGCGGCAGGUGCAGACCCAGCUCCUCAGCCCAUGGGUUGAAUGAUUUCCCUCCUGCCCCCAGUACAUUCACUGACCGAUGAAGGGAGGAGGAGCCAAUGCUCACACUGUGAUUCUACUGCCCUUGCCCCUGCCCUGGUGGAGGGCCCGGCCAACCACCCCUUAGGCCUGCCUUAGCCAGAGAGCCUUGCACGGCACUACACGGGUACUGCCCCCUGCCUGGGGCUCUGCUGCUCCUGGGGGACUCUGAGGAGACAUGGCUGCCUUGCCGCAAGGGAUGCCCCCCCCCAGCCAUUUUCAUUUUUCAUUACUUUGCUUUAUUGGGAAUAGUGCCUUUGACACUUCAGCAGUGCCCCUGCCUCUCCCAUGCACCUGGCCAGCUCUGGGGACUCUCUUCCUCCCUGCUGUGCUCAACCAUUCUAGGAGGGCUGUGGUGGGAGUCAAGUGCGGUGCUGGGGGGCUGCCCUCUUCUCUGUUGGAUGUCUUGGUUUGUUCUGCUGUUUUGUAUGAGCAUAAGUGCCUUUUAAUAAAUCAAAGCCAGAGUGUG